CCGCAGCAGUGGCGGCCUUCAAGUUAGGAGAUCGGCUUUCCGGCCACUUCGGCGCGGAGCGCGGCGCCUUCCUCUCCUGGCGCCUUGGCCGAGCGGAGUCGUGCGGCCGGGUGGAGUCGGCGGCCCAGCGAACCCGAACGAGCAGUCGAUGAUCGCGUUACUAUGAGUCUGCUACACUGUGAGAACAGCUGCGGAUCCAGCCAGUCCGAGAGCGACUGCUGCGCCGCCAUGGCCGCCAGCUCCUGUGGGACCGCAGCGAAGGACGACAGUGUGAGUGGGACAGCCAGCACGGUGACUCUCUCCAGCUCUUUCAUGGAAGAGAUCCAGGGGUACGACGUGGAGUUUGACCCACCCUUGGAGAGCAAAUACGAGUGCCCCAUUUGCUUAAUGGCUUUGCGGGAAGCGGUGCAGACACCUUGCGGCCACAGGUUCUGCAAAGCCUGCAUCAUCAAGUCCAUAAGGGAUGCAGGUCACAAAUGUCCAGUUGACAAUGAAAUAUUGCUGGAAAAUCAACUAUUUCCUGACAAUUUUGCAAAACGAGAGAUUCUUUCUCUGAUGGUGAAAUGUCCAAAUGAAGGUUGUUUGCACAAGAUGGAACUGAGGCAUCUUGAGGACCAUCAAGCACACUGUGAGUUUGCUCUUAUGAGUUGUCCGCAAUGCCAGCGUCCUUUCCAGAAAUGCCACCUUAAUAUUCAUAUUCUCAAGGAGUGUCCCAGGAGACAGGUUCCUUGUGAAAACUGUGCUGUAUUGAUGGCAUUUGAAGAUAAAGAGAUUCAUGAGCAGAACUGUCCUUUGGCAAAUGUCAUCUGUGAAUACUGCAAUACCAUGCUCAUCAGAGAACAGAUGCCCAAUCACUAUGAUCUAGACUGUCCUACAGCCCCAGUGCCAUGCACAUUCAGUGCUUUUGGUUGCCAUGAAAAGAUGCAGAGGAAUCACUUGGCACGACACCUGCAGGAGAAUACCCAGUCGCACAUGAGAAUGAUGGCCCAGGCUGUUCAGACUUUAAGCCUCGCGGUAGCUCCCGCGCCUCAGUGCACCAUGCCUCUGUACGACUCUGUCCCUCCCACCCGGCCUUCCUCUGGGCGUCACUCAGAAGUCCACAAUUUCCAAGAAACGAUUCAACAGUUAGAGGGUCGCCUUGUAAGACAAGACCAUCAAAUCCGGGAGCUGACUGCGAAAAUGGAAACCCAGAGCAUGUAUGUAAGUGAGCUCAAGCGAACUAUUCGAACCCUCGAGGACAAAGUUGCUGAGAUAGAAGCGCAGCAGUGCAAUGGGAUUUACAUCUGGAAGAUUGGCAACUUUGGGAUGCACUUGAAAUCGCAAGAAGAGGAGAAACCUGUUGUCAUUCACAGCCCCGGCUUCUACACGGGCAAACCCGGCUACAAACUGUGCAUGCGCCUGCACCUGCAGCUGCCGAGCGCGCAGCGCUGUGCCAACUACAUCUCCCUCUUUGUCCACACGAUGCAGGGGGAGUACGACAGCCACCUGCCUUGGCCCUUCCAGGGGACCAUUCGCCUCACGAUCCUCGAUCAGUCUGAAGCAGCUGUGCGGCAGAACCACGAGGAAAUAAUGGACGCCAAGCCAGAGCUCCUCGCCUUUCAGAGACCCACCAUCCCCCGGAACCCCAAGGGUUUUGGCUACGUGACUUUUAUGCAUCUGGAAGCCCUCAGACAAAGAACCUUCAUCAAGGAUGACACGUUAUUAGUACGCUGUGAGGUCUCCACCCGCUUCGACAUGGGCAGUCUUCGGAGGGAGGGUUUUCAGCCACGGAGUACUGACUCAGGGAUAUAGCACCCCCUGACUUGUUCAAGAAACAACAGAAAAAACAUCUGCAGCAAACUUACCCUGUUCUCAAUAAUAAUGUACAAACAAACAGAAACAAUGGGAAAGAUAUAAUACUCACCAGUGAAUUUUAUUUGACUUCCUGUAGAUUUCAGAGGAUUUGAGCCAUAAUCCUUGGAAAGCUUAAGUUCUCAUUCACCCUGGUUUUUCCUCCAGGGUUAUUAAGGAUAUUCAGGGACUAGUUAUAAACCCUAAAUAUAACCUUACUUAUUAAAUGUAACUGUGUUGUCUGUCCAAUAAUUCUCCUUUAAGUCGUUCCAUUCUACCUUGCUUACUGUUUCCUGUAGGCUACAGAGUAUCAUUUCUCCAGAGUUAGAACUCUGGAACCAUGUGAAGACCAGCUGCUAGGUUUUAGGCUAUAAACCCCUUUUUUGUCUGUUGCAGGCAGAGUGAAUUCCACAGCCCCUCCGAUGGUGCUUUGUUACCUAGUGCUCUAGAACAAGGAGUCACACACACAUAAUCACCAACAUAGAAAGUUUAAAUGUCUCACCUAGUCAGCCAGCAUGGUAGCUUAUUGGUGGUGAGAAAAGCUAUUUGAGCUCAGAAAUUUUCAACACUUUUGAACACUGCUGUUCUGUGAUUGUUGUCCAGAAAUAAGUACCUGUCAAGGUACAAGUAAAAAAAAUAAAGUUGUUCUUGUUGCAUAGGUAAAA